CUACCGAGCCGAGCCUGCGGGGCGGGGCGGGCUCUGGCUGCCGCGCCGGCGGCCCGGUCUCUUCUCGGCUCAACCACCGGCCGGGGCUCGGGCCUGGGCCCGGGCCCCCGGGACAUGGCCUCCGGGAGUGCGGAGGGCGACAGCCCCACCUCAAGUCGCUGUGACAGCGGCGCGAAGAAGGCAGGCUUUAACGCCAAAAGGGAAAAGAAAGUGGCAGAGAUAUACCAGGCUCUGAACAGCGAUCCCCCUGAUGUGGCUGCCCUGAGACGCAUGGCUAUUAGCGAAGGAGGGCUCCUGACCGAUGAGAUCAGACGAAAAGUGUGGCCCAAGCUCCUCAAUAUCAACACCAAUGACCCACCUCCUAUACCAGGGAAAAACCUACGACAGAUGAGCAAGGACUACCAACAAGUGCUUUUGGACGUCCGGCGGUCCUUACGGCGGUUUCCUCCUGGCAUGCCAGAAGAACAGAGAGAAGGGCUCCAGGAAGAGCUGAUCGACAUCAUCCUCCUCAUCUUGGAGCGCAACCCUCAGCUGCAUUACUACCAGGGCUACCAUGACAUCGUGGUCACAUUUCUGUUGGUUGUAGGAGAGAGGCUGGCAACGUCGCUGGUAGAAAAACUAUCUACCCACCAUCUCAGGGAUUUCAUGGAUCGAACAAUGGACAACACCAAACAUAUAUUGAACUAUCUGAUGCCCAUCAUUGACCAGGUGAAUCCAGAACUCCAUGACUUCAUGCAGAGUGCCGAGGUGGGGACAAUCUUUGCCCUCAGCUGGCUCAUCACCUGGUUUGGGCAUGUGCUGUCUGACUUCAGGCAUGUUGUGCGGUUAUACGACUUCUUCCUGGCCUGCCACCCCCUGAUGCCCAUUUACUUUACAGCUGUGAUCGUGUUGUAUCGAGAGCAGGAAGUCCUGGAAUGUGACUGUGACAUGGCCUCGGUCCACCACCUGUUGUCCCAAAUCCCUCAGGACCUGCCCUAUGAGACACUGAUUAGUAGAGCUGGAGACCUCUUUGUUCAGUUUCCCCCGUCGGAACUUGCUCGGGAGGCGGCUGCCCAGCAGCAGGCUGAGAAAACGGCAGCCUCUACCUUCAAAGACUUCGAGCUGGCGUCAGCCCAGCAGAGGCCCGACAUGGUGCUGCGGCAGCGGUUUCGGGGACUUCUGCAGGCGGAGGAUAGAGCAAAGGACAUCCUGACCAAACCAAGGACCAACCGCUUUGUGAAACUGGCGGUGAUGGGGCUGACGGUGGCUCUUGGAGCGGCCGCUCUGGCUGUGGUGAAGAGUGCCCUGGAGUGGGCCCCUAAGUUUCAGCUGCAGCUGUUCCCCUAAAUGCCAGAGAAGGUUCUUCCUCUGACAUUACUUUAAGGUCUUGCCCUUCCAUGGAAGGAUGGAGAGGGAUGGAAUGUCCUUUAUUAAAAGGAUUUCUGUCAAGGGUUUUCUAUUCCUACCACCCUCCCUGGCCCGGCCAUGGUUUGCCUUUGCCUCAGAGGCCAGUAGCAGAGCCUGUCUGACAUUGGGCGCUUGGGGGCCUGGGCGCAGAACUCUUCUCCCUCACAGUGGGCUUCUGAGUGGGCUCUCCGCUGCCUCCUUUUGUGUUGGAGGAAGUGGUGGGUUGUUUUGUUUUGUUUUCUGUUCUUUUUAGCUCCCAACUACCUUUGGAACCCACUAGGCCUGGUCACUGGGGACCCUUUUGGCUGCCUAGUAGUAAGGAAGGUGGACCGCUGACUGCCCGCCUCCUGUUCUGUCUGCUUUGGCAGGACAAAGAGGGAAGGAGCUACUGCUAAGGAUGUCUGGCAGUGGCACGGAGGUGAGGGGGCAGAGCAGGAUAGCCCGGGAACAAGAGUGGCCCUUCUUAAGAGCAGCUCUUUCAGCCGGUCAGAAAUCAAAGGGACAGGUGGGAACUAGGUUAUUGGGUAAAUCCGACCGAUUUUCAGCCUAGAAAUCCCAGGUAUUUCCAGUCAAAUGGGAAGGAAUGUUGAAUUUUACAGCCAAGAUGUAGACUGGUUUUAACUGCCCCUUUUUUUCUGUCUGUUGUCUUCCACAAGCCACACAAAGCUGCUUGUAAAAGACACUUCUAUUGCUAUUUUUAGAAUUAUGUAACACUCAACAUGUAAAGUACCCUCACUUUAAAAAUAAUAGUUCCUUCAUGGAAAAAAAUUGUUUCUCAUCAGAAGGAUGAGCUUCGAAGACCCUGAGGUUUCCUUUUUAUGCAAUUAUUUCACAUUUCCCUUUGGCCAGAGUUGCUGUUUGCAAACAGCUCCUCGCUUCCGAAGUGCCCGCUCUGUGUCUCCAUCGCGGUUUUCUUCCGAUUACCCAUCUCUUCCCGAACAGGCACCCACUCACUACCUAGGCUUUGCUUUUUGGGUUUGAUUUAUCUUCUUAACUGCUGGUCUCUCCUUCCUGGUCGGAAAUGCCAGUGGAAAUGUUCAGCACCCAGAAAGGGACAGACUGCAGCCUGGAGAGUGUGGAGGGGCCUGCAACAGCCAGUGCCCUACACUGAGCUGCCUGGGGACCCUGCAGGCCGUAGGGGACAAGAUGGGUCGUUCAGUCCUUCUGGGACAGCUUUUCCUGUCAGUGAAGCCAGGUUUGUUUUCGAUUAACUCUGGCUUGAAAAAAAAGUGCCUUUUGCUUCUUUAAAGAAUUGGGGUUGUAUAGUAUGAAGCAGCCAUGUACUUGUAUUGUCCUGGUCUCUCUCUGGCACUGUUCUGUCUUGACAGGUGUUUCAAUGUGAACAUGCCAGAAGCACUCUACCUGCCAUACCCAGGCCUCCGCAUCCUUCCUUCAUGCCCACUGUGUGCAGAGGGGAGGGCAUUUAGCAUGCCAGGCAGCUGGCAAGCCCAGGGAGGUUAGGAGAGGUGUCUCUACAUUAAGUCACAUUCAGCACUUUAAAACAAAAAAAGCUCUUAGCGAUGGGUCAUUCUCUAUAGUGGGAGUCCCACCUGGGUGAGUGUGAUUUGGAUGGGUUAACCUAGAAAGCGGAAGAUACGACAAAGGUAGUUCUUUCAGGAUCCAGAGGGGAUGAUGUGACGUAUCCCCAGUCUUCUCCCUCAGUGUGUUUGUCCUCUUGGUACAAAUGCGCAGCAGCACCGGCGUGCCCUGCCACGAGCACUCGGGCAUGUCUGUAAAUACUGAAGGAGUUGAUGGGGGAGACGUGAGGGGGUGCAUGUGAUCAGGGUCCCAAGGCCACACAGCUUUUUGGAACCCAGGAAGCAAGCGGCAUUUGCUUCUAUUAUGACCUAAGGAGCAAGUUCAUUUGUUUUAUAGCUUUCCUGACAUCAGGAUUCACCGCGUCAAUGAGAAUAAAACAUUAUCUUUCUACCUUCA